UUUUUUUUUCUCCUUUCGUCCUAUAAUUCUCACGUGAAUGGUUUGUUGCACUGAAAAAGAAUUUUUGCAAAUCAAGGAUGAACUUGACGAUGAAAUUUGCUUAACCUGCGAUUGUUACUAACUGUUCGCUCUCCGCAACGGAAACAAUGUUUCUGAGUGAGAUCAAGAAGCAAGCAUCUUCUUUUCUUCAAGAGAAGUACAAGUCAGCUAGGCUUGCCUGGACUGAUGUCACGCAAGCCGAAAUUUUGACCGAAGAGGCUACGAACAGCGAGCCAUGGGGCCCCGAUACAAAGACGAUGACAAGAAUAUCCGAAGCGUCUUUCGACAUGGAUGAUUAUGGGAGGAUUGCAGAUGUGCUGCAUAGGAGAUUGCGCUCUGUUAAUUUUAAGGAAUGGCGGCAAUCAUACAAGUCCUUAGUAGUCCUGGAAUUCCUGUUAACACACGGACCGGAAGAUCUCUUUGAAGAGUUUCACUGUGAUACAAAUGUCAUUCGAGAGCUCGGAAAAUUCAAUUAUGUAGAUGAAAGAGGGUUCAAUUGGGGAUCAUGCAUGCAGAAGAAAUCUGAGAAGAUAUUGAAGCUACUGAGCAAUGAAGAUCAACUCAAAGAAGCACGCGCGAAGGCACUUAAGAUCUCACAAGAGAUCAAAGGAUUCGGAAAUUUGAUUGUUUCUCCCUCUUCAUCUUCUCCCUCUUCUUCUAAAAGCUUCGGAAGCUCAUCAUUCGGCUCCUGCUCCUCGAAUAGUCCCACAUGGAAUGUGCAAGAUGGACCAAAUAAUCAAGAGAUACAGUACAAAAUGGCGAAUGAACCCCUUGAGAAUCUUCGAAAAGGAUCAGAAAAGAAGGGAUUAGAGGGGUUGCAUCUUUGGAAUUCUCCUAUUGAGGAGAAUGGCUCUCUCCUUGAAUCAACUAAUGAAGAUGAAGUAGAAUACAAGAUUGGCUCGUCUACUGGAUUUAGUUCGCAAAUUUUUGGGAGCACCAAUCAAAGCAAAAGCUAUAGAAGAAUAAUACCGCAACGAAGUAUAUCAGAUGCAUGUAAAGUGACAAAGAAGAUUGAGCGGCAAAUGUCACUGGGGUUUUGAGGGGAGAGACCUAACAAAUAGCAAGGCAUAUAAGCUUUUAUUUGUCAUUCUUUUGUAUGUUGAAAAGAAACUUAGUAAAUAGAAAAACAGAAAACUACAAUAUGGUAGAGGUAAAAACUUCAUUAAAUUGCAGGAUUCUGAAACAGCAAUUGCUGAUUUUGUUCGUGGAAGUGUACUGGCAUGUAUGAAGAUUUUCUUGUAGUCGCUUGCAGUGUACUGCAUAGACAUUUUGAGGUGAAGUUAUAUCUUAUAUCAACAUAACUCUUGAUAGAAGAUUGAUAAGUGACCUUACU